CGAAUAACGAAACAAACCCACUCUCUUCCUUUUUCCACACUCCACUUUUUUUUUUUUUUUUUUCCCGAGAAAAUGUCGCCGUCGACCGGAAACUGCAGCAAAAUCCGUCGCAUUGUUCGAGUGCGUCAAAUGCUUCUCCGGUGGCGCACGAAAGCCAGAUUAGCGGCGUCCGAUGUCCCGGCGGGGCACGUUGCGGUGUGUGUGGGACCCAGCAGGAGGAGGUUCGUUGUGUGCGCUAAUUACCUGAACCACCCGAUCUUCAAGAAGCUUCUGGUACAAGCGGAGGAAGAGUACGGGUUCUGCAACCAUGGCCCCCUUGCGAUACCCUGCGAUGAGUCUCUAUUCGAAGAGCUUCUUCGGGUUAUGACCCGACCCGAACCUUGCAUCUCCACCUUCGAAGAUAUCAAGAGGUGUUGCCACGUCGAUGUUCGAAGUAAUAGUAGUAAUUUUGACUUUGUAGGAGAAUCACGGCCCUUGCUUCAUGACGAGCCAAUCUGCUGAGUUAACUCGGUUUUCUUGGAUCGGUCUUUUCUGUGAAAUAGGAUAUCAUCACUAACUAUUUUUUUUAUUUUAUAAUUUAUAUUUUCGACCCUAAUUGUUGAGUUUGUUUUAGAAAAAUUAGUUAUUGGUGAAAACGAUGAUUAAAAAUAAAAAAGGAGUCAGGUUUUAUUAUUAUUUUAUUCGUUUUAAAACAAAUGGAGUGAUCCCGCGUCUAAAUAGUUCAAACGGGAUGGAUCCUUUGUUGCGUAUUGUUUUGCUAUUUGUAAAAAUAUGCAAAUUACUCGAAUCCAUUUUAAAGGAAGGUUACUAGAUGUGUUCUUCUUUCUUUCUUUUAUCUUCACCUUUUAAUCUUUUGGAUUUAAUUUUAGUCCCCUGCAAGGAUAAGGCUUUUUAAUA